AUGGCCACCUCGGCCUCUGCGUCCGAGGACACAAUCUUCAAUCUACUCAAGAAUGCCGAUCCUCAAGAGCUUGAACGGCGCCAGCAGUUGCUCAAUGAUAAACGGCACCAGACCUUCCAACUCAGUCAGUUAAGGCUUGCUGAGCUGAUCGAUCAGAACUCUACCUUACCUACUACUGUUUCCUCUGUCACUGUCCUCGGGGCCCCCAACACUCGCCGCGGUUUUCUCCAUCGCCUUGUCAAUCCGUUAUUGAGUGCCAACCGCGACCGCCCGUAUACCCAGUCCGAACUUAUCCGUGAAAUCUCAAAAACCGCUGACAAGCUUAGAAGAUUCGGGAUUUACCACGAACCCAUCUCGGUUUUCCUCGACAAACCCUCUCAAACAGAUCCCUCCACCACCCCGACAGAUGUCGCGGUCUACUACUCUGUAAAAGAGCGUAGUCGUUUAUUCGCAAAGACCGGCACCGAUUUGGGCAAUGCCGAAGGCUCGGCUUACGCAAACCUGCAGUGGAGGAAUGUAUUGGGCGGAGCAGAAACUCUCGAUGUCAACGCAUCAGUGGGAACACGAACGCGAUCUUCCUAUUCAGCAACAAUUGAUACACCUGUUCUCAGCGACCCGGAUUUCCGUUUCCAAAUUGGAGGUGUUCAGAGUUCCACCCAAAAGGUGUUUGCUAGCCAUGAAGAGAUCCUCAAGGGCGGUUGGACGAAACUCCGGUGGCUCACUGCAGGUGGCUCGCUUCAUGAGGUGGGAUACAAUGGCUUUUGGCGGCAAGUCACGGGGCUUGCACAGAACGCUUCGCCCACUGUGAAGAACGAAGCUGGAGAUUCGGUCAAAAGCAGCAUAUCUCAUACGUGGACGAGAGAUCGAAGAGACAGCCCUCUAUUGCCCACCCGAGGCUAUUACGCCAAAACAGUAUCUGAAUUAGCGGGUUGGGGGCCUCUGCGUGGGGAUGUUGCAUUCUGGAAAACGGAAGCGGAAACACAGACGGCCCUCCCGAUCCCUAUUCCAUUUGUCAAAGGCGACAGUGGAAUCAGCUUUACAACUGGCCUUCGUGCUGGUAUUCUAUACCCACUGGCACUAGGGUCAAAUGCAGACCCUGAGUUGUCGCGAAUCAACGAUCGAUUUCAACUAGGAGGACCGACAGACGUUCGUGGGUUUCGAUUAUCUGGCCUAGGGCCUCACGAUGGACAAGACGCGGUUGGAGGCGAUGUCUAUGCGGCAGGCAGUGCCAAUAUCCUGAUUCCUCUCCCCAAAGUAGGCAAAGACAAACCUCUCCGUUUCCAGGCUUUUGUGAAUGGUGGCAGAUUACUAGCAAUUCGCAAUCCGGAUAAAGAGGGCGGGCUCACAAGCGACGAAGUCAGACAAGGGGUGUCGAAUGCAGUGACAGAACUUGGAAAUGGUCUUCCGAGUCUAUCAGCGGGUGUGGGACUGGUCUAUGCACAUCCUGUGGCACGCUUCGAGCUCAAUUUCUCUCUACCUCUCGUUGUUCGGAAACAUGAAGAGGCCAGAAAAGGAGUGUCGUUCGGAAUUGGCAUCAAUUUUUUGUAG